AUGGCUUCGACAGCUAGUCUACAAGAAAAAUUUAAUGCAGCUGUCAAAGCUAUUCAACGAUUACCUAAUGAUGGUACUUUUCAACCAUCAAAUGAAAUGAAAUUGACUUUCUAUGGUCUUUAUAAACAAGCAACAGCAGGUCCAUGUAAAGAACCACGACCAUCUGUAUUUAGUUAUAUAAAUCGAGCAAAAUGGGAUGCAUGGGAUAGAUGUCGAUCGAUGACUAAAGAAGCAGCUAUGGCAGCUUAUAUUGAUGAAAUUCGAAAAAUUCUUGAAACUAUGCCACAAACAAAUGAAGUAUUAGAAUUUACACAAUUAAUUGGACCAUUCUAUGAAUUUGUUGAUGAUCAAACAGAAGAAAAUCAACCAAUUUCAUUAUUAAAGAAAAAAUCACAUCAUACAAAUAUUAAGAAAAAAAAACAAAAUACACUUGGAUCUGUUGUUAAUGGAACUGGUGAAAAUAAUCAUGAUGAAUAUCCAAUGAAUCAUACUAAUGGUCCUAUUCAAACAAAAGUUUCAUCUGGAAAUGGUCCAGCACCAUCUUCGUCACCUUCUUCAUCUUCAUCAUCAAUAUCUUCUUCUGAUGCUGACGAAUUUUAUGAUGAUCCACCUGAUCGACUUUCUCUCAAUCCUGGUAUAUCAAAUGAUGAAAUGAUAUCAAAAGAUAAUAUUCAAACUAAUGAACCUUCAUCAACAUCAAACGUUCCAUCUGAACAACCAUCAAAUAGUACAACAAGACAUCGUCCACAUGUAUAUGGUGGUCAAGAUGGAUUAAAUCAUCCUGUACAACGUUCUACAAGAGGAGGUAAUCAUUCAAAUGAAGUUCAUGGUUCAUCAACACAUUCAUCAUAUCGUCAUCAAAAUCCAUCUGAUGGUGCUCGUAAUUCAUUUUCAUCUGUAGCAUCUGCCGGUGGUGGUAAUGGACGACAUCCAAAUAAUAAUUAUAAUAAAGAAACACAACGUGCUAUAUUAGCAGCACUUACAAAACUUCAACGAGAUGUUAAUAAUAUAUUAGAACGACUUAAUCGAUUAGAAACAUCAUCACAUUUUCUCCAACAGGUUUAUAAGAAAAGAAUUUUUUUUUUUUUUUGUAUAUUAUCGAUAGCUGAGAGUAAUGCAGAUAAAAUUGGAAUCACUUAUUUCUUUUUUUUCGAGAGCGUAUAUAUAUGAUACUUCUUAUUAUAGUCACAAAAUCUGAGAGGGCUAAUUCGAUCUUCGGAGCGGCACCGGACCUAAGAAUCAGGAGACUUUUUUCGGUAUUUGAAAAAAAGUCAUUCUUCAUUAACAUCGAAUACUUUUACGGAAACAUGUGUUCAGUAUAAUGAACCUUGUACAAUUUUCUACAAAUUCAAAUUGGACGAAAUUUUCACAGAAUAAUGUUCCUCAACUCAUAACAUCAAUAGAGUGUUAUAGGUCUGAGCUGAAAGUUUUCUAGAAAACUCUCAAUUUUCAAGAUAAAACUCAUGUUUUUCGACUUAGAAAGAUUUUUAUUAACCCUUUGACGGCGAAACUCGUAAAUUUACGGUUUCAAAAUAUGAUUAGAGAGCAAAGCCGAAAUAUAGUAAAACAGAUCUUUUCAAUAUUUGUUGUGCUCUAACAUAGAUAUUGCAUCUUUAAAUCAAGUCUAACGAGAGAAUCUUUCCAGUUGCUACAAACAAAUUUUGUCCACAGGUAGGGGAUGUAUAGACUAGAAAAAUAUGGAUCUAAGUUACGCUUUGACUGAGAUAUCGACUUUUUACUACAAUCUUCC